GAAGAGGAGGGCGCCUCCGCGCUUCACCCCCGCGCUGUGCCCUCUGUCGGCGGCCUGGGGCAGCGGUGGCAGUUGGUGGCGGCCGGAGGCGGUAGCCGCGUCGACGUCGACCAAGACUGUAGCACAGUUUAAAGAAGGAGCACAAGCGCCGGGCAAUCCGGCUUCUUCUGGGGGAGGACUCCCACACUUCCGCGGCCGAGGAGGAAAGCGGCGGCGCCAGGGAGCAGGCAUGGAGAGUAGAAAACUGAUUUCUGCAACUGAUAUUCAGUACUCUGGCAGUCUGUUGAACUCCUUGAAUGAGCAACGUGGCCAUGGACUCUUUUGUGAUGUUACUGUUAUUGUGGAAGACCGAAAAUUCCGGGCUCAUAAGAAUAUUCUUUCAGCUUCAAGUACAUACUUCCAUCAACUCUUCUCAGUUGCUGGGCAAGUUGUGGAACUGAGCUUUAUAAGAGCAGAGAUCUUUGCAGAAAUUCUCAAUUAUAUUUAUAGUUCUAAAAUUGUUCGUGUUAGAGCAGAUUUACUUGAUGAGUUAAUUAAAUCAGGGCAGUUAUUAGGAGUGAAAUUUAUAGCUGAGCUUGGUGUCCCACUGUCACAGGUUAAAAGUAUCUCAGCUACCCCACAGGAUGGUAAUGCUGAAACCUUACCUCCUGGUUCUAGUGACAAAAACCUUGAAAUACAAAAAUCAAAAGAUGAAGCCCAGGAUAAUGGGGCUACUAUAAUGCCUAUUAUAACAGAGUCUUUUUCAUUAUCUGCUGAAGAUUAUGAAAUGAAAAAGAUCAUUGUUACUGAUUCAGAUGAUGAUGAUGAUGACGUCAUUUUCUGCUCGGAGAUUUUGCCUGCAAAGGAGGCUUUGCCAAGUAACAACACAGUGACACAGGUCCAGCCUAACCCAGGCCCUGGUGCUAUUUCAGAUGUUGCACCUUGCACUAGCAGUAAUUCUCCCCCUUUAACAAGUAUCACACCUACUCAGAAACUUCCCACUCCUGCAAAUCAGGCAACUCUGAGCCAGACACAGGGAAGUGAAACACUGCUGGUAUCUUCAGCUCCAACGCAUCUGACUCCCAACAUUAUUUUGUUAAAUCAGGCACCACUCCCUACACCCCCGAACGUCAGUUCUUCACUUCCAAAUCAUAUGUCCUCUCCAAUCAACCUACUUGUGCAGAAUCAACAAAAACCAAAUAAUGCUGUUUUAACAGGAAACAAAACCAAUGAGGAAGAAGAAGAGGAAAUUAUAGAUGAUGAUGAUGUCGAUACUAUCAGCUCCAGUCCGGACUCAGCAGUCAGCAAUACUUCAUUGGUUCCACAAGCUGACACCUCCCAAAAUCCCACUUUUGAUGGAUCAUUGAUACAGAAAAUGCAGAUUCCUACAUUUCUACAAGAACCGCUUUCCAAUUCUUUAAAAAUUUCAGAUAUAAUUACUAGAAACACUAAUGAUACAGGCUUAGGAUCAAAACAUCUGAUGGAGGGCCAGAAGAUCAUUACGUUAGAUACAGCUACUGAAAUUGAAGGCUUGUCUACUGGUUGCAAGGUUUAUGCAAAUAUUGGUGAAGAUACUUAUGACAUUGUAAUCCCUGUCAAAGAUGACCCUGAUGAAGGGGAGGGCAGACUGGGAAAUGAGAUACCAAAAACUUCUGGCAGUGAAUCAACAGCCAAACGUAUGAAAGUAAAACAUGAUGAUCAUUAUGAAUUAAUAGUAGAUGGGAGGGUCUAUUAUAUCUGCAUUGUAUGCAAAAGGUCAUAUGUCUGUCUGACAAGCUUACGGAGACAUUUUAACAUUCAUUCUUGGGAGAAGAAGUAUCCAUGUCGCUACUGUGAGAAGGUAUUUCCCCUUGCAGAAUAUCGCACAAAGCAUGAAAUUCAUCACACAGGGGAACGUAGGUAUCAGUGUUUGGCAUGUGGCAAGUCUUUCAUCAACUAUCAGUUUAUGUCUUCACACAUAAAGUCAGUUCACAGUCAAGAUCCUUCUGGUGACUCAAAGCUUUAUCGUUUACAUCCAUGUAAGUCUUUACAGAUCAGACAAUAUGCCUACCUUUCUGAUAGGUCAAGCACUAUGCCUGGAAUGAAAGAUGGCAGUACUGGUUAUAAGGUUGAUGCUGGAAAAGAACCUCCAGUAGGGACUACAUCUACUCAGAACAAGCCAGUGACCUGGGAAGACAUUUUUAUUCAGCAGGAAAAUGAUUCAAUUUUUAAACAGAAUGUAACAGAUGGCAGUACUGAGUUUGAAUUUAUAAUACCAGAAUCUUACUGAACUCCUUUGAAAUAGCAGAAAGUUUUGUUUUGGAUUAAUGGGCAGGGAUUUCAGAAGACCUGUAAAACCAAUUAAAGUGAAACAAGUCAGCUUGAUCUGCCACAUCUGAAGGUAGUCUAGUUGAAUUAUAUGUUAAUAUUUAGAAACAAAUCUGAAAGUUUGAGUAGAGGUUGAAAACCCCCCUCAAGUAUAUGUUUAUAUAGUUAGCUUUCAGCUCAAUUAAGAAGCAAAAGUAAGAAACUCAGAGAGAUAGUUUUCUGAAUAGAAUUAAAAGCAGUCUGAAUGUUCUUUGAAAAUGAGUUACUAGCAUACCCUAGCACAUCUUUAAACUUUCCUCUUCCAUGUUAGCACUUUACUGCUGAUUUUUCAGUUUUCUUAACAUUGAGACUAUAAAUCUGUGUUGUGUCUUGUAUAUGGCAUAAAAAGUAAAGAAUGCCUAAAAUUGUUCUAGAAAAUUUGAGAAUAAAUCUCCACUUGGUUGUGUAUUCUGCUAGUCCAAAUGGAUAGUAACCCGCCUCCCUACCCCAAUGAAAAUAGCUGUGCAGACAAGUCUGUCAUAUGAAGAAUUAGUUUUAGCUAGUUUGAAUUAAUCUUUUCUCCUAUUUGCUGUAGUCUGUAAAAGACUUUGGUCACUUUGCUACUCUAUAUGCCUUUGCAGUGUGGUCUCUGUAAGCAAAAAACUACCAUAAAAACAUCUGUAAUGCAGCCAGGAGGAGAUGAAAAGUUCUGUCACGUAUUUUUAUCUGCUCAUCAUAAUAGAGAUAGAAUGGAAUUAAAUGGAGACAGAAUGGAAUCAUACGGAGAUUUUCUUUUUGUUCAUAUUUUAAAAUAUUCCCUUGAAGUGUUGCAAACUUUUCUAUCUGAAAUCUACCAAAUGGGUUUUUACACAUAAUCUAACUAUGUGUGAAUCUUUGUAAAUGUUGUCUGUAGAUAUGUGUUUGGGGCUGAAGGCUACAGGCAUAUUUUUAAAUGUUCAUAUUAGACUCUGUAAUGGGGUUUCAUUGAAAUGAUGGUCUAGUACUUUUCAACAAAGUAUUUCGGAUUUUUAUCCCUUCUAAAAUAAAUUACAUUCCAUCUGUAAAUCAUUACAUUAUUAUAGCAGUUGGAAACUACAUAUGGAAUAUUAUAUAGACUUGUCAGUUCCCAUUUAUUGUCACAACAAUAAAUGCCACCUUCCUUUUAGAAUGACACACUUAAAUACUUAUAAAGUAAAGUUAAAACUUACUCAAAUGCUAGUACUAAAAGGAAGCAGAUUGGAACAAAUACAUAUCCUAGCAUUUGUGACACAAUUAACUUGAUGAACGUCUGUAAAUGAUUUUUGAAAGGAAAAAAUAAUAGAUACUGAAAGAUUGUUAUGCAUAGUUAUUAGUCAUUCAUAACCUCGCUUAAGUAUUUGUUAGUUCAGCAUAAGUAUUUUCUUCCUCCUUACCACAUAUUUUAAAAAAUAGUCUUAUUUCUUGAUGUUCAAUUAAAGCUUUAAUCAUAAUUUCUCAUGUCUAUGUCAUUUUUCAGAUGGUAUGCAAGAGUUUAAGAUAUUGGUGUCAGUGCUUUUUAAAUUGAGAGCAGAGAGGAUCAGAUGUCAGUAUUUGCAUUAAUACAAGGAAAAAGAAAAGUAGUAUUAUUUGCUUACAAAGGUCAAGUUCAUGUGCAUUUAUUAUUUUCUAAUCUGGGAGUCUUAAACCAUUAGAAAAUGUGAAAUUAUUGUAUACCUUAAGGAUCAGAUUUUUGGAAUCACAGUAUAUUUUUCCUUUCUCUGUAGAUAUUGAUAGCAUUAUUCUCUGACAAUGAGGUGCACUCUGAAAUAUUCUCAGUGGAAAUUUGAUUUUCAUUAAAAUUAUUUUACCAACUAGACAUAAUUCUAAGAAUGAUACUGAUGCCACCAGGGCUUUCAGACCUUUCAGACUUAACUGCUAGAUCAAUGAUUUUGUCAUAAUGAAACUUGCUAGUUUCUGCAAGUCCAUUAUGACAAAAUAAGAAUUAAUUCUAUAAUGGAAAACUAUCCAGUCUGAGUAAUACUGAUAUAGUUAUUUGCUGUGUAAAUUCUGAAUACAAAGUAUUAAACUGUGCCUACUAAAAGUAUCUUCUGGAGAGGAAGAAACCUGGAAAGUUAAGUUGCAGUUUUGCCAGAAGACUCUUACUUACAUGGCUCAAGGUCUUCAGAUUUCUUUCUUUUUUUUUCUUUUUUUUUUUUUUUUUUUUAAUUUUUACUGUUGGGGAUCUGACCCAGGGCUACUCUACCAGGGGAUCCAGCCCAGGGCUGAGCUACAUCUCCAGUCCUUUUUAAUUUGAGAAUGUCUUGCUCAGGUGAAAGUUGAACUUGUAUCCUCCUUGUCUCAGCACCACUCAGUGCUGGGAUUACAGGCAUAAGCCACCAAGCUUGGCUAGGUCUCUUUUUGUAGAAGUUUGCCUACCAAAAGUUUGGAGUUAUGUGGAAUAUGUUUUUGAGAUAAAUUUUUUCUACUGGAUUGAAAAUUUGUGGCAAGAUGCAAUUUAAACUUACGGGGCUUUUCUAUUUUAUACUUAGCUUUCCAGCUAUUGAAUUUUCUUUUACUUUCAGCAGGUUGGCUUCAAAUUUGCUAUAGUGCCAAAUUACUCAUAGAUAUACUAGAUGGGAAUUAUUUUAAAUAGAAAAUGUGUUAAGAGAAAUAACAAAAAUUCAAACUAGGCAAGAUUUUAAAAUGCUAUAGCAAUCCUGCAAAACUUUAAAAAGUAUUUUUAAUGUUCACUAUUUUGGUCGUAAUGACCACACCACCACCAUACAUCCGCAAGGAGGAAAUGAAGUCAUAUUUCCCAUUGUACCAAAAACAUAAAACAGUAAAUACUGCUGAAAUUUUGUAUUGUCAGGGCAUACAUAUUCUGAAGAAUUAAAUAUUAACAGUACUGGCUUCCUUGCCUGUAUCAGUCAUAUGAAAACGUAUUCAUUUCCCCCAAUACUGUGUUGUUCAUACUUGUACAAUUUUAUCUGUUACAACUUUAAGUUCUACUUUUCAUUAAUCAUUACCUGAUGUUCAUAGAGCUUUUUAUGGCAAAAAUAAAAUGAU